AUGGCUGGUGAAUUAAAUAGUGAGUGUAAUUUAUAUGCAAAAUAUAAUUGUACUUAUUGUCAAGAAGAAAUUACUGGAAUCCGCGUGAAGUGUGCGGAAUGUAUAGACUUUGAUAUUUGUUUGCAGUGUUUUUCUCUCGGUGCAGAGAUUGGAACACACAAAAAUGACCAUUCCUAUCAGUAUAUGGACUCUGGAGCAUUUGGAAUAUUUUUGGGCCGUAGUACUUGGACUGCAAAUGAAGAAGUACGAUUAUUGGAUGCCAUAGAACAGUUUGGUUUUGGAAAUUGGGAAGACAUAUCAAAACAUAUAGAAACCAGAACACCUGAUGAGGCCAAAGAUGAAUACAUCAAUAGAUAUUUAGAAGGUAGUAUUGGUAGAGCAACAUGGGGUAAUGUAGAAAGCACGAGUCGCCCCUCUCUUCAUUGUGCAGACCGAGAUGAAGGCCCUUUGGGACCUAGUGCAGUAUCUCGUCUUCCUCAUCUUGCUAUCACACCUGAUGAAGCUGUACAACUUGGAUAUAUGCCAAAUAGAGAUGAUUUUGAAAGGGAACAUGAUCAUGAAGCAGAACUGUUAAUAUCAACCAUGGCAAUAAAUCCUGAAGAUGAUGAGCUGGAUGUUGCCCUUAAGUUAUCACAAGUAGACGUUUACACGCGACGAUUGCGAGAAAGAACAAGAAGAAAGAGAUUAGUGAGAGAUUACCAACUCGUAUCCGUGUUCUUCAGUAAUCAAAGAAACAAACAGAAGACCCUAGGAAAACUUGCCAAAGAGAAGAAAGAAUUCACGGAACGGCUCCGAUGGACGUCCCAGUUCUACGGGCGAAGCGAGCAGUCGGGCGUGGUGGCCGGGCUGUGGCGGGAGCGCGAGCUGCGCGUGCGCCUGGCCGAGCUGCACCGCUACCGGCUGGCGGGCGUCACGCGCCUGGAGGAGUGCGCGCACUACGACCAGCACGCCGCGCACCGCCGCCACCCCGCCGCCUCACACGUCGACGGCAGCAGUGGGUGCCUGGAAACCAACCAGAUAAAAGAACCAAUGUUGAGCAACAUGCAGCAGCUAAAAAAAAGAGAAGGCGAAAGCGGCUCAAGUUCCACCAGCCCAAAGUACACACGGGACGGAAGUACCGUAUGUGGAUGCUCCAAAAAGAGCUUAUGCAACAACAGCGACGCAUGCUCGACACAUCUGCUGACCAAUAAUGAGAUACAGCUGUGCGGCGCGCUGUCGCUGCAGGCGGCGCAGUACGUGACGCUGAAGGGCGUGCUGCUGCGGCGCGCGCCCGCGCCCGACUGCGACGUGGACGUGGCCGUGCGCCACUACCUGCACUCCGCCGGCUGGAUACGGAACUAG